ACUCUCAAGUCUCAACACACAUCAACAAUAUAAUUGAAUCUUUUUAGCUAUGUGAUUCUUAAAAAAUAAAUAAACGAAAAAACGCCUCAAUAUUCCGUUGCUUCUUCCAUUGCACACUUGAAAAAAUAAAGUUACUAUGAUGACAGACAUGAAAGCCGCAGGUGCUUUGGGAGCCAAGACAGCACGAGCAUGCGAUAGCUGCGUACGUAGACGCGCACGGUGGUUCUGUGCUGCUGACGAUGCUUUCCUCUGCCAUGGCUGCGACACUUUGGUUCAUUCUGCAAACCAGUUAGCAAGCAGGCACGAAAGGGUUCGUCUUCAAACAGCUUCCUCUAAGGUAACAACGUGGCAUAGUGGCUUCACACGCAAAGCAAGAACCCCUCGUCACAACAACAACAAGCACUUCGCUCUCCAACAACGUCUCAAAGACCAAGUGCUCUUUAAUAACGCUAGUGUUCUUCCCGUUGUGCCAGAACUCGGAGGUGUGGAUAAUGAUGAGAUAGAGGAGGAACAGUUGCUGUGUCGUGUGCCUGUGUUCGACCCUUUUGAUGCUGAGCCUAGUAGUGCAUAUGGAAUGAAAGAAAAUGACAUGGAGAGUUUUUCUGAUCGGUUUGACAUGGAUUUCGUUGAAUUUGCUGCUGAUGUUGAAAGCCUACUUACUGGGGUUGAUGAGGAUUCAAUUAACUAUAAGUUGGAAGAAAAUGAAGUGGGUGGAGGAGGAAAAAGUGCAAUGGUGAGGGUUGAGGAUGAAGAAGAACUUGAUGAUGAUAUAGCGUGUCAUGUGGAGUCGGUUCUUGAUAUGACAAACGAGGAUGUUUUUCGUUGGAAUAAUAUUGAUUCGGUGCUUUCAGGUGCACGGGAAGAGAAGGAAAGUGUGGUGGUGGAUAAUGUUGGAGUGAGUGAAGAAGUGGGAACAAAGAGAGACAUAUUUUUGAGACUAAAUUAUGAUGAGGUUAUUACUGCUUGGGCUAGUCAAGGUUCUUCUCCUUGGAAAAGUGCAAUCAACUCCGAUUAUGACUUAUGCUUGGGUUCGAGUGGUGAAAAUGGGGAAGUGAUCAGAAGCUUAAGAGGGCACUUAGAUGGGGGAAGAGAAGCAAGAGUGUCGAGGUACAGAGAGAAGAGAAGGACUCGUUUGUUUGCAAAGAAGAUAAGGUAUGAAGUAAGGAAGUUGAAUGCAGAGAAGAGGCCUAGAAUGAAAGGUCGUUUUGUUAAGAGGACUUGCUUUGUUGGAAACACUGCUUACCACUGACAUCAAUCAGUUAAUGGAUCCAUCUUUGCUUUUUCUGCAAAUUUGGAUUGAUACUAGCUUUGGCUAUUAUGUAUAUGAUAGCCUGUAUUAAUUAUAAUCUCAAUAACAGUAUUAACGGGUCAGGUUAUUUUUACUAGAAUUGUUGCUUGGGAUAUUUCUGUCUAUAUAUCUCUAGCAGGUCUAGUACAUUAAUGAUAUAAUCCUUCUCGCCAGGUUGGGGAUAUGGGUAAUCGAAUUUUGAAGCCUUUUAUUGCUCCUUACUUAUUUAAAAUUUAAUUAUAGCUUAAUUGCAUUUUUUUUCAUCUCUGUACUUUAAUUUAGGCGUGAUUUUAAAUUCUUCUUUUAAAUUUUGUGUAUGUGCUGGCGCUAAAAUUACACAUAAACUAAAUCACAAAGAUUAAAAAGGUAAUUAAACCUUCAAUUCUUAGAUCAAUUAUUCAAUGUUGGUAUUGUGAUUACCGAGUUUAUUUUUUAGGCUACAGAACUCAUCAGGUUGAGAUGACUGUUAGAUUUUAUAUUUAUCUUCAA